AUGUUUGAAGAAAAUAUAAAAAUUUGGGGUCCGUUUGGAGAAUUAGCUUUAAUGUGGUGUGAAGCAUUUAUGGAUGAUAAUGAUUAUGUAGUAUUGAUGAUCUACUUAUAAAAAAGAAAAUGGAUAAUGGCAGAUUAAGAUCUAUAAGCUGUGAUUAAAGAAUAUGAUAGAAUGGGAUUAGCUGAUAUGAGACAAGCAGCUAUGUAUUUAUAAAAUUUAUUAUAUUUAAGGAAUUUAUAAAAUGCUGGUAUUGUAAAGUUGGAUGAAAGAAAAUAAAAUAAUUUCUAAAGAGAUAAUCAUUUUCAAAAUAUGCAAAUAAAUUAGGAUUUUGUAGAAUGUUUGGAUAGAUAAUGUAGAGUUUUAGAAGAAAAGUGUAAAUAUGAAAAGAAAGAAGUUGAAAAAUAAGAAAAGAAUUAAACUAGUAAGUAUUGUAGUAUUUGCAAUUAAUAAUAUUAAUUGGAUGAUAUUCAUUUAUUUUAAAUGAAAAAAUGUAAAAAAUACGGUUGUGAAUAAGGACUUUUAAUAGAUUCUUAAAUGGAUGAAUAAAGAAAAAAAGUAUUUGUUUAUUUUAUUAUUAAUAUAGCAUGUUUAAAUUUUAGAACAAAUUUUAGAAAGAAUAAAACGUUCAAUAGAUAAUUGUAAAUAAGAACUAUUUCCAACACAAAAUGAUAUUGAGUAAUCAAAGUAAAUGGUUAUAGAAGUUUAAUCGAAAAGUAAUUUAUUAAUUUAACUAGCAUUUUUGGAUCCUGAGGUUGAAAAGAUAUGGAAUGAAAAUAAAAAGGAAUAAAUACAUUCAAUAUUUAAACUACCAAUAUGUAAAAAGAUAAAUUCAUAUGUUCAACGCAAGAAAUAAUUUUUAUCAAAUAAAAUGAAUAUUGAAUGA